CCCUGAGGCAGUUUUAAAUGGCGCCUGACGCGCAGCAUUUCGAGCAUCUGUCAGUCGCGUAGGCUUUCGACGUUGACACGUUUCUUGCAGUGAGCACGCGUACACAAUGACGCGGUACGACCCGAAAGAACGGUUCAGGUACCUCAAGGAGUUGGUGACGGAGUUCCACACCAGCGGCUCUAACGAGGCGAAAGAGCAGGUUCUGGCCAACUUGGCCAACUUCGCCUACGACCCGAUAAACUACGACCAUCUCAAGCGCCUGAACAUUGUCAACUUAUUUAUGGAUCAGUUGGACAGUGCCAAUGAUAACCUGAGAGAGUUUGCCAUUGGCGGCAUCUGCAACCUCACUUCGGACCAGGACUUCCGUACAGAGGUGCUGAAGCCAGAGAACCUCGGCAAACUGAUCAGCUGCCUAUCCACAUCACAGGAAGAGACAGUGUUGUCUGCAAUAACAACACUUAUUUCUCUGGGACUUUCCGGUUGCCAGUCAGAUAUCACGACAGCAUCUGUGAUCGACUGCAUGGUGCGAUAUUCGGAAUCUCCGAACACGAGGCUCAGCAACCUCGCCAAGCUCUUCCUCGAAGAUAUCUGCAGCCCGGAACAGAUCAACAGUGUCGCAAAUGCUGCUUCCGCUGCUGUUCCAUAGAGUAAAACGCACCUUAUGCGGCUUCAAA